AUGAUUGCCAGCCAGCGCGUUCCCGAAAUCGAGCCCCGCAAGCGGGCGCGCCACCUCUCGCCACCAAAGUUUCAGGCCACCAAGGCGGAGCUAGUAAGGCGCGCUGCCGAAGAGUAUGAGUUCGUGACGAAAUGCGACACCAAGCACAGCGAGGUGUACUACCUUCUAUGUUCGCAGUGGUUGCAGCAGUGGAAAGACUUCAUCCGAACCAAGACCUCCCCACCAGGUGCAAUUUCCAACCACAACUUGGUUGGGGCGGAUGGUUGCCCGAAGCCCAACAAACAGCCGAUCAAAGACUACCGCGGAGUGAACGAAAAGGUGUGGAAGUUUUGGCUCUCGCGCUAUGGCGGAGGUCCGGAGAUCAAGCGCCAGAAAUUGGAGUUGUACCAGCAGAAGCCACAAGCACCACAUCCUCCGCCCUCUAAGCUGGCCCCCAAAAUCGCACCGGUGGCGACCAUGCCCUCCAUGCCCCAGCCCCAGCCCCAGCCCCAGUUGCAGCCCCCUCCAAUCGCCCCAGCACAGCCGUCACAGGCACAAAAGCGAAGCGGCCCGGCCCCAAGUCAGUCUUUCGCUCCCUCAGCCCCGGCCCCCCCGGCCGUGGGCCCUCAGCCUCGGCAGUUCUCCGAGAGGGAGAAGCAGAAGCCAGCCCAGAAGCGCAAGCUCACAUGUGACAAGUGCGAUGGCAACCACGCCACGGAAGACUGCCCCCACUUCAAGAAGUCAAGAGAGCAGCAUCCAGAUGCAUGGAAUCUCGUGGGCAAGUCCCACCUGGUGGCUGCCAGCCAGGCAGACCAGAAGUUCGUGACCCGGGGCAGAGUCGUACGCCAGCCCGGAGAUGGUUCCUGUCUCUUCCAUGCCCUGGCCUUUGGCCUCGGAGGGACCUCAGCUCGUCAUUUGCGCGAAGAGGCGGCGCAGCUCAUCGAGCGGCAGCCCCAGUCUCAAAUCAUUGGCACCGCGCUCCAGGACUGGGUGAAGAUGGAUUCGGGCCGCACCGUGGGGGGCUACGUCAACCAGCUUCGCCGGGGUGCGUGGGGCGGUGGGAUUGAAUUGGCCGUGCUGGCCAAAAGCCGUAAAGUGAUGGUGGAAGUCUACGAAGCCCGAAAGGGUGGCUUUGCCCGCAUCGCCAAGUUUGGCGAGGGCCGGAAGGCGGUGCAGGUGCUGUACCAAGGCCGGCUGCACUAUGACGCGCUGCUGCUCAACUGA